AUGACAAUGCGAUCAUUUAUCUUAUUAUGUUUUUUGUUCUGUCUUAUUCAUCCUAAUCCUAUUGAUGAAAAUCUCAAAUCGUAUAAAAAUUUUCGGCACCGAAAUGUUAACAUUAUGAAUGGAAAAUCAGCUGAUAUUUUGUUUAAAGAAUUUUAUUUAAAUGAAAAGCAACAAAACGACAUCAAUGCUCGAAUGAAACGUUCGAAAGUUUCAGUGGAACUACGACCCGUUGAAGGACCCAUUAAUAUUGAACAAUUACCAGCAAUGUUAGCAGCAAGAAAUGUUAAACGUUAUCCAUAUUCUCAGCACGAUGAUCCUGCCAUCAUUGGUCGAUAA